AUGUUGCGACGUAGCGGCAGUUUGACGACACCUUGGGCAAUAACUCUAAGUAGAUCAGGUCAUGUACGUUGUUGCCAGAGCCACAACUUCGACUCCAAGCUCCAUGAGAAGCCCAUUCCCAUGGACCAAGUGCGCCAGAUCGCCGAAACGGAGCCAACUCCUUUGUCGCUUCAGCAGAUGCGCUCGUUCUCGGACGGAUGUGCCAAGCUGCGGCUCGUGUCGGCCAAAUUCCUGCACAAGGAGCUGCAAUCGCGUUUCGCUCGUGCUAUUAUCGAGCUGUCGGACUUGCCGCUAGGAUUGAGCGACACGACGUCGAUCCGUCAAGCAAUCGACGUCUAUUGUCGUGAGUUGCAGUGGCUUAACAGCAUUAAACCUCCAAUUUCCAUUGCAGAUGACCGACAGUUUACGGAAACGUUGCGUCACGCCAAAGCCCAAGGAUCCAAUCUAGUGCCGCUGAUUUGUUACGGGCUGCAGCAGCUGAAAGGUACGGAUCUCGGACACAGUGCACUGCAAAUUGAGAGUGCCCAGGAGGACAUCAAGGACCGACUGGACAAGUUUUUUCUGGGGCGUAUUGGCAUCCGCAUGCUGAUUGGGCAACAUGUGGAGUCGCUCGAGCGCCCAGGAGGCCGUGUGCACCUUGUGAAUGUGGAAGAAAUCGUACGAGAGGCUUGUGACCGCGCCACAAACUUGUGUAUACAGUACUCUGGUGUAGCACCACCUGUGGAGAUCCAUGCGACGGCGAGUGCUGGCACGCCGUUGAUGUACGUGCGGUCACAUCUACACCACAUGGUCUUCGAGCUGGUGAAGAAUGCCAUGCGUGCGACGGUUGAGCACCACAAAAAGCGGAGGCACAGAGCUCCCGGGGCACUCAACCAAUUUAAGCAAACGAUGAACUUAAACAGUCCGUCGUUGGGUUUUUUCCUGCCACCAAUUGACGACGUAUCGGGUGUCAAGAUUUUCCCAGAUGUUAGCAAGUACAAGCUCGGAGAGGGGCUCCCACCGGUGGAGAUCGUGAUCUGCGUGGGCAGUGAAGAUCUGACCAUCAAGGUGAGCGAUGAAGGUGGAGGUGUUCCACGCAGUCGUUGGAACAAGCUGUGGCGCUACGACUACACUACAAGUCUUCCUUAUCCGCCCAUUGACUCCAAUACCUAUCACAGUUAUAGACAACAUUAUAGUGGGGGUGGCUACGGACUGCCCAUGGCAAGGCUAUUCGCGCGCUAUUUCGGAGGUGAAGUCGCUUUUACUUCGCUUGAGGGAUCCGGAUCGACAGGGUUUAUCCAGGCACACCGUUUGGGAACGAAUGUGGAAGUCGUUCCUGGGCACGCGUCCUUUAACCUCCCGCCGCUUUAUUCGUAG